AUGCGCGCUAACAUAUCACGUUUCAGCUCCUUCAUAAGAGCAAUCCAUAGAGGUACUACUAUUCCAUCUCUAGAUUCCAUACAUACUGUUCCAUUGGUUCACGAUCUCAUUAAUACCCAUUCCAGCAAUGAGGCCAAAGAUCGUUCACCCAUAGUUAUGCUCCAUGGUCUAUUUGGAAACAAGACAUCUAAUCGUACAUUAUGCAAGCACUUGAACAAAUCCACAUCGCGUGAUGUGUAUUCAUUGGAUCUCCGGAACCAUGGCGAUUCUCCUCGCGCUCCUAACUGUGAUUAUGCAUCAAUGGCAGCUGAUGUGGGGGCAUGGGUGCAAAGAAAUGUUUCAAAACCGCCAAUCAUUCUCGGCCAUUCAAUGGGUGCAAAGGUAGCAAUGUUACUAGCUCUAAUGGAGCCCAAGCAUUGUCAUAUGGUUGUUAGUCUGGAGAAUGCUCCAAUCCCCACGCCUCCGCUGACGCGUUUUCUCAGGUAUCUUUAUGCCAUAGAAAGAAUAGUUGCCAAAGAAAAAUGUACUCGAGACGAGGCCUUUCAAGAAUUACGAAACGUUGAGACUGACGAAGGCCUUGUGCUUUUCCUAAUGACACUAAUCAAGCGUAACAAUGACGGUUACUUGUCACGCCUUCCUUUACAAAUUUUAAAAAACGGUUUAAAGAGGGGCUUCAUAGAGGAUUGGCCGCUUCAAACUGAUACAAUUUCAUACAAAGGCCCUGCGCUAUUUAUUAGGGGUACACUUUCGUCCAUCAUGCCAGAUGAAUGCAUCCCAGUUAUAGGAAAUUUCUUCCCAAAAUUUGAACUACGUGAUGCUGUAGCGGGGCAUAAUGUCACCACCGAUGCCGCAGCUGAGUGCUCUGAGCUUAUUACAGAUUUUAUUUCCCGUAAUGAAGAUUAA